AGACGCUUCAAGAACUGCUCAGUCCCGGAGUGGAGGGAUUAUGUGAAGACCCCAGUGCUUUACCCUGAGACCAAGUGCAGAGGUUUUCAUUAUAGGAAUGAAGGAAGCCAUCCCCAGAAUCCCUCAGCAGAUCUCUCAAGUCUCAUGACCAGAACUGAGGCAAAUGCCCCUGCCUAACUUAACCACGGACAGAGGAAACAAGGCAAACAUGAAGUAGCUUAAGUCAGUAUGACUCAGCUCAGGCUGGUGUCUGCCCUUCCUGGAGCACGGGAAGGGUACAGACCAGAGCAAAAUCCUGUUUCUAAGGAAGAGGCAGAAAACAAUGAGGACCAGGAUCCUGCAGCUUGCUAAUAAGCAGCAGCUUCUCCCGGCACAAGUCACUGUCCUCAUCAGACAAGCUGAGACCAUGCUUUGUGCCCUGCACCUAUAGUAAGAGAAAAGGUACACGGCGAGCUUUGGCCCAACAGAGUUAAGAGGAAGACUUGGGAGGGAUGGAACCUUCCAACAAGUUUGGAAGAAAGUAGAGGGAAUGCACAGAUGCCAGAUUGCCACGAAGACCCAUGGACAAUCCCGCACUCACGCUUCUCUAUCGAACUUUAAGAUUUAUUAGUAAUAUGCUGCCUUUGCAAGAUGAAAAGAAACUAAUGCCAAGAAGGCAUAUUCUUCAAUAUUUGGAAUAGACGUGCUCUCAAGACAAUGGCUUCAAAGGUGUCCUGUCUAUAUGUUUUGACAGUCGUGUGCUGGGCCAGUGCCCUCUGGUAUCUGAGUAUAACUCGUCCCACUUCUUCCUACACUGGCUCCAAGCCAUUCAGCCACCUAACAGUCGCCAGGAAAAACUUCACCUUUGGCAACAUAAGAACUCGACCUAUAAACCCACAUUCUUUUGAAUUUCUUAUAAAUGAACCCACCAAAUGUGAAAAGAACAUCCCUUUCCUUGUUAUCCUCAUCAGCACCACCCACAAAGAAUUCGAUGCCCGCCAGGCAAUCCGAGAGACGUGGGGGGAUGAGAACAACUUCAAAGGGAUCAAGAUAGCCACUCUCUUCCUCCUGGGCAAGAACGCUGAUCCUGUUCUGAAUCAGAUGGUGGAGCAAGAGAGCCAAAUCUUCCACGACAUUAUUGUGGAGGACUUUAUUGACUCCUACCAUAACCUUACCCUUAAGACAUUAAUGGGAAUGAGAUGGGUGGCCACUUUUUGUUCAAAAGCCAAGUAUGUCAUGAAAACAGACAGUGACAUUUUUGUAAACAUGGACAACCUUAUUUAUAAACUACUAAAACCCUCCACCAAGCCAAGGAGAAGGUAUUUUACUGGCUAUGUCAUCAAUGGAGGACCAAUCCGGGACGUCCGCAGUAAGUGGUAUAUGCCCAGGGAUUUGUACCCUGACAGUAACUACCCACCGUUCUGUUCGGGGACUGGCUAUAUCUUUUCAGCUGAUGUGGCUGAACUCAUUUAUAAGACCUCACUCCACACAAGGCUGCUUCACCUUGAAGAUGUGUAUGUGGGACUGUGUCUUCGAAAACUGGGCAUACAUCCUUUCCAGAACAGUGGCUUCAAUCACUGGAAAAUGGCCUAUAGUUUGUGUAGGUAUCGCCGAGUUAUCACCGUGCAUCAGAUCUCUCCGGAAGAAAUGCACAGAAUCUGGAAUGACAUGUCAAGCAAGAAACAUCUCAGAUGUUAGGAUUUUUACCAAUAACAAACAUUACCUGGUGCCUCCAAGGAGAUUUUGCCAAAUGUAAUCUCACCUGCCUGCCUCCAUACAGUGUUGCUAAGUGCAUUUUACAAUUUCUGACAGAGGCAGGCACAUGUGUAGAAAUAAGUUGGAAGGAGGGCAGAAAAACAACAAAUUACAUGGAGAAAAUACAAAUUUAUGUCUGCAUUAAAAUUAACAUAAGCAAACUUAGCAAUAGUAUGAGAUGCCACGCCCACACAUUUGCAAAGCAUGUGAGAGAAUCUUUCAAUGGGUACCAAUGUUAUUGGAUGAUUUAGCUCUGUAGGUGAUAGAUGUAAUACUCUAACAUCUGAAACAUCCAAGCACCUCCAGCAGCAAUGCUGUUGGGAGGCAUUCUGGGAGCUCCAAGCUCUGUGAUUGAGGUUCACGGGAAGGAAGGGUGGAGAAGCUUGGAAUCAGUUCCUGUUGAUACCAUCAUCUUUGCUGGGUCAUGUGAGCAGGCGUCUUAACCUUGCUGUGCUUCAGUAUGCUCAUGUAUAAAAUGGAUGGAAAAAACACCUACCUCACAGGUGCUGUGAGAGCAAAUUGCAUUUCCUAAGAAUCUUGAGAUCCUUAGUUUACAAGGUGCUAAUGCAAUGUGUCAUGCGUUAUGCCAAAUGCUAAAAUAAUUCAUUACAAUGAUGGUUAUUGUAAUCAGUAGUAGUAACAUCAGCUUAAAUGUAAAAUCUGCCAAAAGAAAGAUCGAAUAUGAACUGUUCGUGCAUCUGGUUCUUCUAAGAUUUUUUGACUUUUCCCUGGAUAUCUUAGGUGUUUGGAGAAGCUUCAAUUUCUCUACCAUUUCUUCUGGUUUCAAUGAACAAGUUUCUACUUCAGUGCAUUGCCUUGAUUUCCCAGGGUGCUGCAAGUGAAGGCAGCUGUGUUUCUUCAGGGAGGAGCCUCUGGCUAGAAGUGUAUUACAAUAAAUGAAUCACAUGCUUUGCAAAAUGUAUUAUAUCCCAUCAACUUGGAUCUCAGGAAACAGUGAUCUGAAUUCUCAAUAAGAACUUUGAAGAGUGACCGGUAAAGCUAGCCCCCCUCUAUCAGAAGAACAGGCACUCAGCAAACCCCCACAUUGCACAUCAUCUAUUCAUUAGAAAACUUCUUUUUGUUUGUUUGUUUUCAUUCAAAGAAAGCCCUGCAACUGAAAGAAUAUAACUUUUCUUUUAACCUGACCUUUGGAAGCCCCCCCUAGAAGUUGAUAGCAAACAAGUAAACACAAUGAACAAAUGGAAGUCAUGGCCUAUUUCUUGAAAACACUGGAUCUUUUAUCCCCAGCCCCAAAGAAUGCAAUAUGAGACAGGCCUUCCUGUCCUUCAAUACAUCUUCAUCAAACAGCUGGACUGCCGAGUUUGAUUGGAAAACAGCAUUAGGUAGCCUGGGGAGAGAUGGAUCAGCACAAGGUGAGCCCCUCUCUAACCCCCACCCCUCAACUGCUGUGAGUUCCAGUCAUUGGAAAAGUCUCAUGACUUUGUGCUUGGUUUGCGUUUCAGUCACAUAGCUGAAUCAAGCCUCUGUCUUAUACUACCAUUUUGCAUUUACCUUAUGCUCAGUCAAGCCACCUUCGCGUCAAGGAAUUGCACAUUACGAACAUCGUAUAUGUACAUCUAUGAAUUGUUUUCUGUGUGUGUGUGUGUGUGUGUGUGUGUAUAUCCACUAUAAAUAGAGCCCUAAUCUUUAAAAUGAGCAAAAAUCAGAGAAUCAUAUGUCUUAAAGAACUAUUUCCUAACUUUUUUAUGCUAGGUAGUGCCCAUGUGACAAACAUGUAAAUAUUCAUCAAAGACCAUAUGUAUAUAUUUUAAAGGCAUUUUUCCCUUCUCCCCUGUAUGUAUAGCUAGAAUCUGCUUGUUAUGUACAUUUUCUUCUGCAUGGAGCUCGGUGAGGCAAAGCCAUUUGUCCAGUGUUUCAAUAGUGAAAGCAUGAUUGCCCUUCAUUUUUUGAAUGUUCAAAAAAAAAAAAAGUUUAAGUCAAGUGAUCAUGAAAAAGCUCUAAUUUUCUACUUUUCUUAAUUUUAUGGUGCCGGCCAAAUUAUGGUUUCAAUUAUUUAAGCCAUUUUUUAAUGUAUUAUCAUUUCUCUUACAUAAAAUAAUGUUUCAAUGUUGUACCAGGAGUCAUUCAGAGAAUUUUUAUAAAAACCUUCUGACUGUCCCCCUACCUGUUGUGUUCAUUAUGCAUUGGAUAACAAAAGGUAUCAAUAAUUAAUGUCUGUAUUCUUAAAUUUUCCUUUUUAAGUUUGUUUUUGGAAAAAAAAGUUUUAUCUUUGCUGGUUAGUUUGUGUGGCUUUGGGUCUUCUUCUAUUGAACCAAAUGCCAGUUUCGAUAUAUAAUAUUGUAUUUUUAAAUAACGGGAAUCAAAAAAAUGAACAUCGUUUUCGAUUUGGAUUAAAAUCAGAAGAACAAAACCCCUUUGUGUGAUGAUAUGGGGGAAACAAACUCUUUACAGAGAAGCUGAGGAAGGAGUUUUUCAGUCAAACCUCUUCUAUCAAAAGACAAUGGAACAUUUACAUAAAGCUUCUGGGAUUCAUUUUCUACCUUUCCUAAUAUGUGGGUUUAGUGGGGGAAUUGAUUCUGUCAUUUCUUCUGUAAAGGUGAGGAUAGUUUUUAUAAGCAACAAAGUAACUUGUGAAUGAAAGAAGUAAUUUACUAGAAACGCUUGUUGAUGAUAAUUGACAUUUAGGUAUAUCGUUAUAUAUGAAUGAUUGUUUAUUUAUGUAUUUAUUUGUCAAAAUUGUACAUACUAUUUCGCCAAACGUACUUGUCUGUAAAAGUGCACUCUCCAGGUUUGUAGUACUAUUUAGGGUUACAUGGGUUGCCAAUCAAGCUGCUAAUCAGAAUACUAUUUUUUGUAUCAAUGUUAUAACACUGAAAAAUAGAUGUCUUUACAUUCAGUUUCUUCACCUUCCUCUUGAAAUGUAAACUGUGGAUUGAAAGCACGAUGCCAAUGUAUAAGCCCAUCUGUCAUGAGGAAGAUUAUGGUUCCGUAAAGCUGAUUUUUUUAAACCAUUGGGACAAAUAAACAGAAGGAGAACAUA